CCUUAACACUGUUAUUGUAAAAUAAUAAAAUUUCGAAUAAAUGCCAAUUUGAUUGAUUAUCUUUACUUUUUUAUUCUGAUAACGCUAAUCACCUUAUUGCAUUCACUCCAUUCGGCACCGAUAACUUAAGUCAAGAAUUUAGUUACUAUUUAUUUACAUUCGGAUAAAAGUUUAAAAAAAACACUCACUAGUAGUUAAAUAUUAUCAUUUAUUUCGUACAUACAAUAAUCUAUUUUGAGUUUCAAAAACGAAAGACAAAACAGCAUAGAUAAUCAUCUUAAAUGAACCUAAUACUUAAGUCAUGAUAACAUAUAAUUGCCGGCCUAUUCAUUAUUACUUUUUUAAGUCUACAAGUUUAUGAUAAAGUUAACCAAAAGAUAACACUAAUUCAAGAUUACCUAAUGGGGAAAACUAUAACAGACUUAUGCAAUGGAUUUGAUACAUUUAAGGUUUUGAUAACAACUGCUCUAGAAAAUGGAACGAUUGCAUUUGAUCGCUGGUCUGAUCAAAUGCACCAAUUGGUACUGGAAACAUGGAAUUCCAGAUCCAUACAAAAUAUACAAGAAGGCAUACACUUAGGAUGGGAACAAUUCUUAGAAGCAUGGUUACAAACUAAGUGCACACUUCAGCAAUACGACUUGAAUUUUGUUGUCGAUGCCCUGCAAUCAAAAAUAAUCUACUUAACUGGCAAUAGUUUCAAUCGAAGUCAUGUCUAUAUUGGUUUUGCUGGUUUGUUUGUCGGCAGUGGAGUUGGAUUUUUAAUUGGUGUAAAUAUAAAGCCAUCUUCCAUCACAGUAACACAUAUGAAAGCUGCAUCAGCAACCAGUUAUAAUGGAACUGAAAGCAUAACAUUAUUAGAAGAUGUUGUAACACCAGAAAUUACGGAAUCUAAUCAAGUAAUGAUAAUGGUUAGAGCUGCUGCAUUAGAUCCAAUGGAUGUUUUAGUUGCAUCUGGUUAUGGAUCAUUUAUAAGAAAAUUUUUAAUUAAGCAUACAUUACGUAAAUCAAUGCACCGAGAAUUUCCAAUUGUAUUGGGCAGAGAUUGUUCAGGAGUUGUUAUUGACUUAGGAUCAGAUGUGCGACGUGACAUAAACAUUAAUGAUGAAGUUUGGGUGUCACUGCCACCAUGGUCUCCUUGUGGUACAUUGUGUGAAACUAUAGUUGUGUCAGAUAAAUAUGUGGGACACAAGCCGCAAACAUUAACCCACGAACAAGCAGCAACACUUCCAUACUCAGGGUCGUUAGCAUGGUUGGCUGUAUUUCAAACAGCGAAUUUAAAUCCAAUGACUGCUAUAGAUAAAAAGAUAAUUGUAUACUGUGGAGAUACAGGAACAAGUUCAAUAAUUGUUCAAUUAUGUUGUUAUUUAAAAGCAGAUGUUACUGUUGCUUGUCCAAGCCGAGUAUGUUAUUUUAUGAAAUACCUUGGUGCCACCACCACUUAUGAAACUGAAACUGUUAGUAUUGACCAAUUACUUAGUACUGCACCUAGCGGGUUUGAUUAUGUAUUCAAUACAGCUGGUGAACAUAAAUACAGUCUAUGUAAACAGUUGUGUAGUGCUUGUGGUAUAGUAGUCCCUAUUGGACCGCAUCACUUACCAUCUGAUUCAUAUGGUUUUUUUCGUGGAUUUUUCUAUAUGCAAUGGUUAAGGUUGGUUUAUAUGUUUAAAGGUAACAAAAAUUGGGAUCAUUAUGAAUUUAACUCUACCAUAUUAAAUGAACUUGCCAGCAUGGCGAAUGAUUAUGUUCUUAGACCAGUGUUGGACAAGACAUUUAUGGAACAUGAAUUGGAACGUGCAUUUAAGCAUUUACAAAGUAGACAGACUAUUGGUAAAGUAGUAAUGAAAUUCAGUAAUUUAAAUGGACCUACAUUGAUGCCCAGAUCAUCAGGAAUUUUAUUUUAGUAGAUUCAUUUGAAUUAUACAUUAGAGUUUCUUUGAAUAAUGUGUUUAACUUUUGAUAAUUGAAUAUUUAUCGUUGUGUAUGUAAUAAAAAGAAAAAUAAUUGUAUUAUUUUAAUACAUGACAUUUUUAUGUCUUUUUAAAUCAA